AUGGAUGUCAAGAAUACCUUUCUCAAUGGCAAUCUCAUCGAGGAAGUUUAUAUGCAGUCCCAUCCUGGUUCCUCAGUUCCGUCCACCAAGGUCUGUAAUCUUCGUCGUGCUUUGUAUGGUUUGAAACAAGCUCCUCGUACCUGGUUUGUCAAGUUCAAUUCUACUAUUAGUGACUUUGGAUUCUCUACUAGUGCCUAUGAUUCUGCUCUGUUUAUAUGCAAAACAGAGCGUGGUGUUAUUAUUAUUCUUCUUCUUUAUGUUGAUGAUGUGAUCAUCACCGGGGAUGACACAGUGGGUAUCUCUAGUCUCAAACAGUUUCUCGAUCGCCAGUUUGAGAUGAAAGAUUUAGGUUUGCUUAGUUACUUCCUCUACUUGGAAAUUGUUCAUGAUCCUUCUAGUUACUUUGUCACCCAGGCCAAGUACACCUCUGAUCUCUUGGCUCAUGCUGGUCUUACUAAUUGCAAGACUGCUCCUACCCCAGUUGAUCCUCAGACUCGUCUCACAUCUCUUGACGGUCACCUGUUGUCUGAUGCUACCUUGUAUCAUCAGCUAGUUGGCAAUCUUGUUUAUCUCAUAGUUACUCGUUUAGACAUUGCCUAUGUUGUUCACAUUGUCAGUCAGUUCAUGGCUGCUCCUCACUUUCCGCACUAUGAUGCUUUGGUUCGCAUUUUGUGUUAUCUUAAAGGAACUAUGUUCCAUGGUCUUCACUACUCAACACACUCAUCUUUACAGUUACACGCAUUUUCUGAUGAAGAUUGGGCAAGGGAUCCUACUAAUCGCCUUUCGACUAUAAGAUUCUGCUUCUUUUUGGGUGACUCUCUCCUUGCUUGGCGAAGCAAGAAGCAAACUCUUGUUGCUUAUUCUAGUACUGAGGCUCAGUAUCGUGCUCUUUCUGACAUUACUCAGGAGCUUGUAUGGCUUCGCUGGCUUCUUUCUAAUAUGUGGGUUUUUCAUUCUACUGUGAUUAACCUCUAUUGUGAUAAUCUGAGUGCUAUUCAGAUUGCCCAUAAUGAUGUCUUUCAUGAUCGCACAAAGCAUAUUGAGAUUGAUUGUCACUUCAUACGACAGCAUGUUACUAGUGGCAUUGUUCGUCUUAUCUUUGUUAUCUCUGUCGAUCAGAUAGCAGGCAUCUUCACCAAGGCUCAUCCUCCUAAUCGUUUCAGUGAUCUAGUUUCCAAACUCAAGUUGGUUGAUACUUCCCACCUUGAGUCUGAAGGGGGCUAUUAA